UUUGGAAUAUUUUACUUCUUCGAAAUUCACUUCGUAUAGUGAUUGAUUCGAAUGAAAUUCUAUACAAACAAUUGUACAAACAAUAUACUGCUUUAGAAUUGCUCAAUUGGAUUAUGAUUCGUUUUGUUGGAUUGUGUUUAUUGAUUAUCAUAUUGAUCAUGAAUGCAAACAACAACAACAACAACAACAAUAAUCAUCAUUUGAUAAUUUCCAUACGUAUCAUAUAUUGUGCAUUUCAAAUAAUUGUAUUCAUUGUGGAAUGGUAUCGAUAUUUUUUUGCAUUACAGGCAAACAGAUUGGCAUUUAUUGUUCAAUAUUUAUCAUUAUUAUUUAUAAUGAUUGAAACAUUGAUUAUAAUCAUUCAAAAUCAAUUGAUUGAUGGAAAACGAUCAUAUCGAAUUGUCCAUAUGUCACUGCCACCAAUUUGAUUUCGAGGAAAUAAAUUUAAUUUUUCAAGAUCAAGAUCGAGUGAUUUUUUUUCCAUGGUGAUUAAUGGAACUAUUUUUUUGUUGUUGUUGUUGUGAUUUUGUUUUUAAAAAUAUAUAUGUAUGUCGCCAAGAAUAUGGGUCAAAAGAAUACAUUAAAUAUUUUUGUAUGUAAUUUUGAUCACAAACACACACAAUUUUCCAUUCAUUGUGAUUCCAGCGAUCAACAAAAUGGCCACCAAUGUUUUGGUUAAAAAACCUAAAAAAAGUGAAAAUAAAACUUAUAAAAAUUUAGUCAAAUGUAUUAAUUAUUUACCAAGAAUAUUAAUCUAUAUUACUUGUAUCUAUUUAUUUUUAUACAAUGUACAAAAAUUGAUUGAACAAUUUCUUAAUUUUGAAACUAUUGUCAUGGUUCGAUAUCAGGCACCGCAAAAGAUACAAUUUCCUGCAUUCACCAUAUGUGGAUGUUGUAUUGAACAAAUUGUGCAGAAUGAUACGGCUGAAAAAAUUUGGAAUAAUGAAAUGGCAUUAUUACAACGAUAUACGGUAAAAGAAAUCAUUGAAAAUGUAAGCUAUGUUGAUAAACAAUUGAUCAGAUCUUGUACGGUUGUAACCGAUUCAAAAGAACAUUUGUUAACAAAAUGUUCGGAUUCAAAACCAAUAUUAUCAACCAUUUAUAAUGGAAGAAAAUGUUUCACUUAUUUAUCUACAUUGGAUCCAAAUGAUCAUCAUGGUAUUGGUGAUAAUAAUUCUGAUAAUGAUGAAUUGAUUGACAAUAAUGAUCGCUAUACUGCAUACAUAAAUGUUGAAUUAGGUUUCUCUACACAUGAACCAAUUUGUUCAUUAUUACAUGAUGAUAAUACAUUGCAGAAUGCCGAUUUAAUUAUUGCCAUUCAUCCACCGAAUAUGUUACCAACAAUGUUGGAUACGGAAUUCUAUCGUAUUGAUCCGAAUAAUUUAUAUGAAAUUCAAUUCACUAAAGAAGUGACCAAAUUGAAAGAGAAACCUUAUAGAACAGCAUGCAGAAAUUAUGAUCGAAAGUUAAUGCCCAAUGGAAAACUUGCACCAAGAUCACGAAAUGAAUGUGUCAAUCUUUGUAUAUUACGUAACAGUUUGAAUAAUGAAAAUGAACAAAUGAAUUGUGUGUUUUAUCAUAAUGUUAUCAAUAGUUAUAUGUUAAAUUAUUAUGAUGAUACAUUAGAUUCAAAAAAUGCAAAAUUCUGUACAUCACGUAAUUAUAUCAAUUAUUUGAAUUUCACAUUAAUCCGUAGACAAUGUUAUCAGGAUUGUAAUCCCGAUUGUAUUGAAGAAAAUUACAAAACUACCAUCGAUGUAUCAACUAUUGAUGAUGAUGAUGAUGAUGAUGAUGAUGAUGAUGAUAAGAGAUCGACAUUUCUGACCAAUUCUUUACCAUUUUCAAUUGAUGAACCUAUUGUUAGUUUUUCUGGCAUUUCAACGGAAAUGGGUGGCAGCAUCAAGCAAACUAAAUCAAUGAUAAUAAUAUGGCCAAAUCGUGAAAUGUAUCAAGAAGUUGAACAUCAAGGUGAAUUAAAUUUUUUCGAACUAAUCGGCUGUCUUGGUGGUCAUGCCCAUAUAUGGCUAGGUCUUUCAAUCAUUCAAUUCUAUGAUGUUUUUGCUGAUAUUAUAUCACGGGCUAGAUAUAGAUGGCAAUUGAUUGGACAAAAAUUUGGAUCCAUACGAACAUUUUUUCAACAUCAUAAAAAUCAUUGGAAAUCAAUCACAUCAAAUUUCAAUCGUCAACGAUAGAUGGCAU